AUGGCCCACAACUACCUCAAGUCAGAACAGCUCACAAUCAUCCAUCAGCCACGAGGCAGGACCAAGAAACAAAACAAAACGAUUCCUACAUUCACUUCUUUCCGCGUUCUCUGUCGUCUGCUCCUCAUGUCUUCCACAACUGUUGCGGCAUAUCAUGAAAAGAAAUCCUUCUUUUAUGUGGAAAGGCCCCUCUCUACCUCCCUUCUAUCAACCUAUGCUUUGGGGAAAUGUUUCCUCUCCCUCUGUUUCCUGGAUGUGUGGGGCGGAGUAGAAGUGGACGGUUGGGAAUGUGUGAAAGUGGAGGGGGACGGAGCCCUAGCAAGGGAAGUGGGCAAGCUCCUUGACUUGGGGCAGAUUGCUUCGUCCAGCCUGUUUUUCUUUUUUGAUGCGCAUCUCUUCCUCCUCUUCAAAGAGGAGGACGAUGGUCGAGCAUUUCAUCAGUGUCCAUAUCGGAAUGCGGCCGCCUUUUCCGUAUCCCUCAGACGCAUUCCGUCUUCAAAGGAGAUUUCCCGCCUUGUUGCAAAGGUCAGAUGCAAAUGGGCCAGGCUCCGACCCGGUUCAGGUAAAAGGUCUUGGUGUCGACCGAUGACCGUACCAGUCACCGUGUUUUUCGAGGAUGAGGAAAUACUGAUACUCUCUCUCUCUCUCCUCUCUCACUCCUCUCUCUCUCUCUCUCUCUCUCUCUCUCUCUCUCUCUCUUAA